UACGCACAGUUGGUCCGUGAAGGCAACACUGCGAUUUAGCCAAUCAUAAGCGAGCACCGCGUGACAUCACCGAGUAAACAAACAGAAGCCUGGCGGCCAUUACAACACAGCGAGAGCUCGACUUGACUGUUUGUCUUUUCUGGGAGCAGCACGUCGUUUGACAGCGUUGGCCACUGCGAGACGACAUUAUGAAAGAUCCCAGGCUGAGCCACGUCAACUCCAUCAAGAACCUCGGCGAUGACGUCACGCUGAGCAGCCUCCAGGAGAACCCUUUCGCGGAGUACAUGUGGAUGGAGCACGAGGAGGAGUUCAACAGGCAGGUGGAGGAGGAGCUGUGGGAGGAAGACUUCAUGGAGAGAUGUUUCCAGGAGAUGCUGGACGAGGAGGAGUGGGAGUGGUUUGUUCCGUCCCGAGACCUCCCCCCCGGCAAUCAGCGGCAGGAGCAGCUCCACGGACACACAGCGACCAGCAGCAACCUCAACCCCCACGCCAAGGAGUUCACGCCCGGCAUCCAGAAGCACGCCAUGUGACCCCCCCGAGCCGCCGCUCCAGUCGACACUGUGACGUCGUCGGCAAGGUGGCCGCCGCCCACUCCCGCUCACAGGCGGGCGUGUUCUCUGAAUGUAAAGACGCACUCUGAUUGGCAGUUGUCACGUGGCGACUUCAGGUGUGCCCGCAGCUGCACGCUAACUACCGCACUAACUACUGUAGAGACGUCACACAAAGACAAAUAGUCUAUUUUUCUUAAAAGGGUUUGAAAAUAAAUGUUUAUUGAGUA